AUCGCCACGAAACCGUCGGCGUCAUGAUGGACUCGACGUCGGCGUACCAAAUCUCGCUCGAGCCUGACCGCGACGACGCCCGUGGGUACAUCAUCCACUCGACGGAAUCGUCUCCGUUCCUAGACUACGACACCCUUCUGCACCACACAUCGUUGUCAUCUUCAUCGGACCCGUCGGCCGUCCAACCCGUGGACUUGAAAUCGCCCUCUGUCCUCCACCACGACCUGUUUGACGCGUUCGAUGAUGUCCAUUCAUAUUCAUCCUCGCCUUGCAUUAUCAUCAUGGACGUACCUUUGACGAGCCUCGACUCUCCAUCACCCCCGUACGACGCUGCGCUUCAGCCAAGCCUGGCUCCUUCGCAACAACCCCUUCCAUCUCCCACCGACCACGUCCGUCGCUUAGAACUGGUAAAGCCAUUCAAUUCAAUCACGGUGUUCACGCCCACAAAGGCACCCACUGUGCAUGCACCGACGGGGUGGGAUGACCACCUUCCAACGCCACGGACCCAUGCAUCCUUCCAUUCCGAUGGUUCACCCGUGGCUUUGACCUCGCAUGACAUCGCUGCGUCGUCGAUGGAAUCAGAUGGCCCAUCUGAUCCCAUUCACCACCACACCCAACUCGCGUCAGAUCUGCUGGCCUGUCUAGGUCGGGCUCUGCACAUGACAUCCAUCGUUACACGUACGAGUACUUUGUCCACGACGCACCCGAGCCACUCAUUCAUCAGCGUCGAAUGGGUUCUUAACCAACCCGAGGCUCCGUGGCCUGCAGCUUGUUGCCUCUACGGCAUGACGUUUGAACUCGCGGACAAAGAUCAUGCGAUCACGAAAAUUGGCAUACCGUUGCAGUCGUUCGUGUCGAGCUCGACUGUGAGUAUGGUGCCACUGCCACCACUGCAGCUUCCCCACGCACGCAUGCCACAACGGGGGUCUGAUUCCGACAUGGAGUCUGAUUCCAACACUGAGUCUGAUUCCGUGGUAUCCUGGUGGACUCGUGUGGGCCUCACGCCGAAUGCAAUAUCCAACGACAACAACACGAGUGUCGUUUCUAAUUGGGUACCGUUGAAUCUGAUUCCAAACGACCCGUACGACCCCAACGUGCACCUGACAACCACCCAAUCCACGUUGACUGUGCACUGGAAUCAGUGGCCAGGCGUCCUCGUGUGGCCCUACAUACAGGUCAAGUAUCAACAAGUAGGUCUAGCGGACACCAAAGAUCGUAUUGAGUGGACACUAGCGUACAAGGGUGCCGUGUCGCCCAAGGACUCCACUGUGACUGUCCAUCAUCUCCUCCCAAAUACGUGGUAUGAGGUUGAAGUGGAUAUGCACCCCUCCCCACGACCAGACCACGCCGCUGGCGCUCCCGGCAUUCUCUGGAUGCAAAAUGAGCCCCAACUUGUUCCCCAACAGGAAUGGAUGGCUGUAACGCAACGAGUGUGUACGGCUACCUUAGCUCCGACUGUGACGGGAUUCGCAGGUCGGUGGUGGGUACAUGUCAAUGACAACGACCACAACCAUGACAUGACUACCGAGUUGGUCGUGACAGAUACGUCCACGCCGUUUGUUUCCACUCGGCAACACUUGAAAGGGGGGGGCACCGUCGUGCUUCUCAAAGACGUACAGGACUACCAAACGUACUUGGUGCAGGUGCAUAGGACUGGAUUGGGUGCGCCAACCUUCGUGGCGACGUCCGAUGUACUGCACCUAGCAACAGAUGAGCCUGUUCCUAUACCCCAGCUACGACCCCAUCCCACCAAUGCCCACGUGUUGCAGUGGCACCCACCGACGAGCGUUCUCUUGAGGCUAUCCAGUCACGUAUGUCUACGUUUAGAGCAGCAACUUGCGUCCGAUGGGUCUUGGGUGCAGGUGGCCCCAGAAUCCAUUGCAAACAGCGAGACCACCUGCACCUACGACACCUCGACUUCCACCGCCGUUACCACCAAUGCUGUUACAGUUUAUCGAUUGGCAGCGUAUACUAUCGAAGACCUGCACUGCCUCGCCGUAGGCCACACCGUGUACGUUGUCCAGCAUUUUCCGUUGGCAGUCCAAGGGAUGGGGCGCCAUGUGACACUGCACUGGCAAUUCCAGCUUCCCCUGCACCUCCAGCACCUCAAUCCGCAUGCAUUUGACAUGAUGGUGGACACAGCUGCCCCUUGUCGCAUCCUAGCGAGUGACAUUGUCGUCGGUGGGGGCGGCGGUGCAUACGUUGUGGAGUGGGCGUUUGAAACGUCCCCUAGGGCCCAUCGAAUCCAUGUCGCACCGGUGUUUCCUGAUUCUGAUUCGUCUGAGUUGAUCGUGUAUUCACAAUCACUCGACGUGUCGUACGCACCGACCUGGCCUUCGGUGGACGUGAGCUUGGGCGUGGUGACACACCACAAUGCCACGUGUCAACUUUCCAUUGGUCCGUGGGCCAGCAGUAGCAGUACACUGUCACAGCAAGCGAUCCAGUGCCAAGUGGAUAUCCUAGACUCGCAUGACGAAGGAUGGAGGAUGGUAUGGUAUGAGGUACUCCAACAAGAACACCAGCUACUGCAAGACGAAGGCUGUUGUUGUUUUCAUAUCAAUCUCGACAACUUGCCCAAUCACUCGGUCGUUCACGUUCGCAGUCGGUUUCGGAUGCACGCCACGCAUGUAUGGGAAGACGUGGCCACGUUGCAGUUUGUCACAGCUUGUGGGGACCUGGCCAUUGCACCCACGGACGUUGGAGGGUUGACAUUUCAAUGGCGUGAACCGACUCCCACCGUUGUCGAAUCAUAUGCCAUUCAAUGCUAUAAUGCCUCGAGUGGAGUAUUUGAAACGUGGUAUACCACCGAGCACUCUCCCUAUACGACGCCGCCGUUGCUGAAACCAUUUCACUUGCUUUUAUUUCGCCUGCAAACGCACGUGGACAUGCAAAUUCCGCUCGACGGACGUCCCCACCUCGCCCUUACCAACCCUAACCCGCCGACUGUCACGACCACUUUGCCUCACGAAAUGACUCUGGCAUACAAGCCAUUGAAUCUUCUUCACCUUCCAGAGCACACGAGGCGCCAGUUUGCAUCCGACCAACCUGCACAUUUGAGCCUGGAAACAACUCGAGUAACGCCUUCCAACGACGAAGCGAGUUAUUCUUGUGUAUUGGCAGAAUUUAAAGUGCUGGGGAUGGCGUGCGUGAGCCAGUUGCAAUCACACACGUCGUAUCGAUCGAGGUUGCACUGCAACUUUCGCAGCAACGACAAUAUCACAUUGACGUGUGCCAGCUUGUGGGUGACCUACACCACGGCCAAGGCACCCCCCGACCCCCCCCCGUUAGUUUGCGUGGACGAACUAUUCUUGCCGUACAUUUCAACCAUCCCCGCCAGUGUGGCUUGUGGGUAUGUGCGGGUAUCGUGGCAGGCACCGAAUAACAAUGGGGAGCCCAUUGCAGGCUAUGCCGUUGAAAUGGCAUGGACAAUGGAUCCGCCCAAGCCCCCCCACGAGUGGACGUGGCAAGGCGUGUACGUGGGCAACGCCACGACGUAUUGCCCCACGAGUGCCCAAUUGCAAACAAUGCGUCGACCAUUGCAAACCAUCGUGGCAUUUCGGGUGCAAGCCGCCAACUCGUUGGGGUGGAGUGCGUUUGCGACAAGCGAGGGACUUGUCUGCGUCGGUCUGCCAGAAGAUACCAUCCCCCCAGGGCCAGAGAGGAAUCAUCUCUGCAUUCGAAAGCCAUCUGCAAGCGUCGUUCGAUACAAGAACAACACGACGAUGUUGCCCCCCCUCCGACACACCGCCCCCACCGAAUCACCUUGUGAAUCGUACAUGAAAUUGAGGGAACUUUUGCAACUUCCCCAGUCCAUGUACCAGCAAGAGCGAAGGAAAUGGUACUUGGAGACUGCGACUAGACCAGCCAAAGGGGUGUUGCCGACCACUACUCAAAGCGCACAAUCACUGUACCAAUCCACCACAAAUCGACACUCUUCCAAAGGGAUGCAAAGGGCAACUCACUAACACAUCUACAAGCCAUCUACUUUUACAUGUGUCGUACACUAAACCCUACACCCGUGUCCAACUGCCGAUUUGGUGGACAACAUGCUAGCCGUUUAGGCGUAAUAUACUGUUCAUAUAUAUCGCUACACACGAUGGGCAUAUAUUUAUGGGGCCAAGCCUUGGGCUCGAAACUGUUUGGCGAAUUGCGCGAGCACCACCGCCAUACGCUUCCCAGCAAGCACAAUGCGCGCUUCGACGGUGGCCACCAACGUGGCUUGGUAGGCGGCGGACGGACACGCCACUUUCGAUUCAGUCCAGUUGGUCAAGUCCAAACCCACAUACACGAC